GAAGCCCAGCACUGCUCAGAAAAGACAGAUAGAGAGGCAGGCGGCGGCGGCACAGGGUGGCAGUACGACCCUCUUUUGGGGGGGUCUGAUUCUAACAAAAAUAUAACACACAUAUAUGCAUGCCCAGGCCGGUCCUAUGCCGAUCAUAGGUAUUUUAGCAAACAUCUAGAUCUAUAUCUAUACAUUUAAAAAUGCCUAUUUUACUUUUCCUGAUAGACACGUCCGCUUCUAUGAAUCAGCGCACUUAUUUGGGUACGACGUAUCUGGACAUUGCUAAAGGCGCGGUUGAGAUCUUUAUGAAGCUGCGUGCCCGAGACCCGGCUAGUAGAGGCGACAGGUACAUGCUAGUUACAUUCGAUGAUCCACCAUACGGAGUAAAGGCGGGCUGGAAAGAGAACCAUGCCACAUUCAUGAGUGAACUGAAGAACCUGCAGGCGUCUGGACUAACCACGCUGGGUAAUGCGCUCCGAGCUGCAUUCGACUUGCUUAAUCUCAACAGACUGGUUUCUGGCAUCGACAACUAUGGGCAGGGUCGGAACCCUUUUUUCCUGGAGCCGUCAGUCAUUAUAACCAUAACGGAUGGGAACAAGCUGACUCACAGCUCUGGCGUGCCAGACGAGCUCCACCUGCCGCUGAAUUCCCCCCUGCCCGGCAGCGAGCUAACCAAGGAGCCGUUCCGCUGGGACCAGCGCCUCUUUGCCCUGGUGCUGCGGCUGCCCGGCGCUGCCGUCCCCGACAGCGAACAGCUUGGCAGCGUCCCCAGCGAUGAGUCCGCCAUCACCCAGAUGUGCGAGGUCACUGGAGGUCGGUCGUAUUGUGUGAGGACACAAAGAAUGCUGAACCAGUGUCUGGAGUCGCUUGUGCAGAAGGUUCUAAGUGGAGUUGUCAUUAAUUUUGAAAAAACUGGUCCAGAUCCGCUUCCUGUAGGUGAAGAUGGCGUGGUAGACCCAGCUCGGCCACUCAUGUCCUUCAGUCCUCAGCCUUGGCACAGCUGCCACAAGCUCAUCUACGUGCGGCCCAACCCAAAGACCGGCGUGCCCGUGGGCCACUGGCCAAUCCCAGAGUCCUUCUGGCCUGACCAGAACUCCCCCACACUGCCUCCUCGCUCCGCCCAUCCCAUGGUCCGCUUCUCCUGUGUCGACUGUGAGCCCAUGGUGAUCGACAAGCUUCCCUUUGAUAAGUACGAGCUGGAGCCAUCGCCUCUUACCCAGUACAUCCUGGAGAGGAAGACCCCUCACACAUGCUGGCAGGUGUUUGUGAACUGCAGCGGCAAGCACAGUGAGGCGGCACAGCCGUUUGGCUAUCUGAAAGCCAGCACCACUCUGACCUGCGUUAACCUCUUUGUCAUGCCUUACAACUACCCCGUUCUAUUGCCCCUCCUUGACGACUUGUUUAAAGUCCACAAGCUGAAGCCAAACCUCAAGUGGCGACAAGCCUUCGAGUUCUACCUGAAGUCUAUGCCUCCUUACUUUCUGCUGCCCUUAAAGAAAGCACUGAGGAUGAUGGGAGCUCCGAAUCUCAUCUCUGACAACAUGGACUGUGGCCUCAGUUACAGUGUUAUCUCCUACCUAAAGAAGCUCAGCCAACAGGCAAAGAUCGAGUCGGACCGGAUGAUCGUGUCGGUGGGUAAAAAGCCCCCGCAGGAGACGGGCAUCAAGGUGAGGAAUCACUCGAGCACGCUGUCCCUGGCCCACCGGUGCGACUUCAAGCAGCUGCUACAGGGCAUCACAGGCGAGGUGCCCCUCCGCCUCAGCGAGGUCAACUUCAAAGAGUUUGCUGGCUUCCAGAUCGCUCUCCUCAGCAGGGAUGUGAAGCCCCAGCCCUAUCGGAAUGCCUACGAUAUUCCACGGCAGAAUGUUCUGGACCAGGUCACGAGAAUGCGUUCCAACCUUUUGAGGACUACUCAGAAACACAUCAGAGGCCAAGAUGAAGAUUACUUGCAUAGUAUUCCUGUGGGUCAGAUGGGAAACUAUCAGGAAUAUCUGAAGUUGAUGCCAUCUCCAUUGCGUGAGAUCGACCCGGACCAGCCCAAACGGUUGCACACAUUUGGCAACCCAUUCAAACAGGACAAAAAGGGAAUGAUGAUAGAUGAAGCAGAUGAGUUCGUCACAGGCCCCCAGAACAAGAAAAGGGGAAACCCCGGAGAAGCCAACUCAGGUGCAGCUCCUAAGCGGAGGCGUAGCAUGUCCCCGCUGCUGCGCCGGCCACAGACUCCGCCCAUCAUCACUAACCAUGUGCUGGGUAAAGGGCCAACGGUGGCCCCGGGACAGCAUGGUCUCAUCAAACCCAUCCCACUGCACAAAGGAGUGGAGGGGAACAACCUGGCAGGUACAGAGAGUAACGGCGAGAGCGUGUCGGGCGGGGAGUCUGGAGACGGCUGGCCCGGAGGGCCGGACAGGGUGGGGGGAGGUGCAGCAGCUCUCUCCCUGGAGGAGAGGGGAGGGCUGGGUGUGACUGAUGGCAGAGAGGACAGGGGCCCGCUGGAGAACAGGCUGGAAGAGGACUGCCUGGACGAGAGGCCCGUUGACCGGCCGCAGAACUGCGAGGGUCUGAGUCCUCCGGACCAGGAGGUGGCAGUGGAGGGGCCCGGGGGAGACUCGGCAGCACGGCCCACCGUCAUCAUGGUUCCCCUGGAGGGAAGCAAUGCGGAGUUACGCACACGAGUCAUGAAGGAGGUCCGAAAGCCUGGCCGCAAUUAUGAGGCAAUAUUCAGGCUCCUUGAGGAGGUGAAAGGACCAGUGGCAGUGCAGAGGUACUUCAUCCAUCAUGCCAUCAAGGAAGCAGCCAGGUUUAAGAAACGUGUGCUGAUCCAGCAACUGGAGUCGGCACUGGAGGAGAUCGAGGAGCGGCAGAAGCUGCCAGCACAAGUCAACAACAUCCAUGGCAGAUAGUGAACACCUCCGCACUCGCUCGUGAGGAGGUAGGGGGUGGGACCACGUCAACACAAGGAGACAGAGGGCCAGGAAACACGAAGAUGCCUGUCGAAGGCUAACGCCCGUGCUUCAUGAUGAGAGAGCGAGCGAGCGAGCAACAGGGAAGCAGAACCGAGCUCCCUUCUUAAAGUGACACUCUGAGGCACUGAAGUUGACAUGCAUCAGUUCGCACAUGAAAAGUUGAAAGAUUUGAAAGAGCCAACAGUAAAGAGGUCUGGGGGAGAGGGGCCGUGGACGGCGUAGAUACGCUUCCUCCAGAAAAAGCAGGUCCUGCUCACUGUCCCCACGACUGCUGCCAUGACCAUCACUACCCUGGUGAGAGGCGAGGACUACAGAAUUGCUCUUUCAUGGACAUGCAUUUGCGCAAAAUAUCUGCAGCUCACCGGGUUCAAGAACAGUCCGGAGUGGAAUGGCCGUUCAGAGCAAUAAUCCUGAUGCCAUCAGUACACCACGCUCUUGAGAGUAACGCAGUGCUGGGUUUUACUCUAGCGUCCCUGAUCUGACCCAACGUCCAUGCAAGAUAAUCCUACCCAAGAUGUGUUGGUAUGAGAUCACUAUGGCUGGGUUGUGUUUGUGGUAACAUGCACUGACAAGCACAGCCAACUGGACCAGUGAGUUUGACAUUGUGCAAAGCCUCACCAGGCCCUGUUCAAGUUAACUAGUAACAUGCAACAUAUUUUUUAAGCAAUAGGAUCCAGUGAGCACUGGAAAACGUUGGUCGAAACAGCUGUUAUGACUAAACUUGGCCAGAGAAGCCCACAAUGUCAGUUUUAUUCUGUCCAGGAGAAAAGUAUAUAGUUGUUUGUAAGCUUUACACCCAUUCAAACAGCUGCUCCAUACAGGUGUGGCUGAAAGGCUGUCAUUGGCUUCUUUUCACAUGCAAAACCUACCUUGUGACAUUAUUGUUGUUCAUUUUGUUUAUUUUUAAAAAGCAGAUGUAUACAACUUUUUGAUGUUCAUAAAUAAUAUAGAUUAUUUUUGGAUGGUAUUCUUACCAGAACAAAAUAAGAAUAUUUUAAGAAUUGUAUAAAACAUUUUAUAACUUUGUUAUUAUAUAUGAAAUGGAAAGUUUUAUGAUUUUUUUAUGAAAAGACAAUGAAAAAUAAAAUAAACAUUAUAAACAAAAUGAGCAUUAAAUUAUGUUUAGGUUACCUUACACUGACGAAAAUGAGGCAAUUUCCAGAUUUGUAAUCUAGUAGUGGUGUACCUGCAUUUUAAAACAGAUAUUUACACCGCCAGAGUGCACAAGGACAGCCUGAAGGACGUCAGCAUUCACAGAUGUCUUCGGAUUGGUCUUGAGACUUAUUGCAUGAUCAUCAAAAUUACAAAUACAAUAUGUAGGAAUGAGCAGAUUGAAAAGUAUAAACAAUUCUAACAUUUCCCUUCAACACAUUCAUGACUAUUAUUUUUUAUUAAAUGCAUUCAAUAUGUAUUAUUGAUUCGAUACAUAAAUUGCAGUAAAUAAUUGUGUAGGAUAGGACCGACAUUUCCUUCCACUCUUCUUCUAAACAACAUUCUUGAACUAUAUAAUUGCUGUAGCAAUUAUGACACACACAUACACAUGACCAUUGUUUGUACAAGUAUAAAGUUCAAUACAGGUGAUAUUUGGUGUAAUGUAAAAAUAACCUGUUUUAUUCCUCUACUGAUCUUUGCUUAGCCAAGUCUUAUUUAAAAAAAAAAAAAAAAAAGCCAUUUCAACUGUAUACAUUUUUAGGAGUGCUUAGCCCAUUCAGGCUCUGGUUAUGUGUUGUAAAAGGAUGGUGUGUGGGUGGUUCUACAUAAAAGGCUUAGUGUAGGAUCAGGAUAAUAAGCUUAAACUUGACUCAUUUUGAAAGCACAUGAAAAUACAAACCAAUAGGUAGCCAAUCGGUUGACUACAUUUUCUUUUACUCAAGCAAAAAUCUAUAAAAGUCUAUGCGCAUGUUCUUUUACAGAUUCUUUGGCAUACAUGGACAUGCACAUUAGAGACAGUGUAACAGCUACAACUGCCUUUCAACUAUAGCAUUCAUACCAUGCCACUGGAGAGAGAGAGAAUUACAAUUGCUGGGGUGGAGAUAACAAUAUAACUGAAGCCAUUUAUCAAUAAAACCUCAGAUUUUUAUUUCAAUAAGUUAAAAAUGAUCAAAUGCAUCAUAACAUAAAACAAAAUGGAAAAACAAUGCCCACCCACCCAAGAAAGGCAAGUGUACCAUUAGUUUUCCAGUGUGUUCACAGUAUUGUUAGCACUCCUUAGUUAGAAUUCUUACUUUCGCAAUCAGGUAUCAUUUAUUGAUUUCACUAACUACAAACAAUCUGCAUUCCAAAUCCUAUUUUUAAGUCCAUCAGUCGCAAAUGGCAUAUCUGAACACACAUACAAGUAAUGGUCCAAAGUAUUAACGUCCUGUGAGCACAGCACAGCGGGGAGAAAACAGAAAACAUGGCAGGACACCAGAAAAUGUGGCAAACCUAUGGGUGUGGAUAAUGGGAUUGAUGCCUCUGGUUGAGCAGACGAAUGACAUCAUUCCCCCCCCCCUUAAUGUGCAAUGCAAAGGGCUACAGGAGUUUCUUUCAGACUUAAGACUCCCAAACAAUAACAAGUAUUUACAAAUGUACUGGUUGGAAAAAAAAAAAAAAAAA